AUGCCCAGUGGCAUCCCUGCCAGAGGGACGCCAGACUCCUCUUCUGGCAGAACAGAUGUGACAGUCUACAGCUGUAAGAGUGAUUUGUGCAAUUCAUCCAACUAUGAAGGCUGUGAUAUAAUUGGUGAAACCCAAAAUAAGGCAUUUUCAAAUGAAAGAAUUGAGCUGGUGAUCAGAAAAAGAGACAUCAUUGUGUGCUUCAGGCAAAACAAUGUUUCUCUUGAAGGGGCUUAUGUCAUCUUCUGGGACAAAGUAGAUGUGGGAGUAGGAGACUCAUGUGGCAUCCUGAAUUCUGGAGGUAACACCAGUGGAGCUGUGGAACAGUCACCACUCUAUGUGGCUGCUGAGCCAGGCCAGUCUGUCAGCAUCACCUGUGCACUGCAAAGCUCACAGGAAGACAAGGGGAUCUACUUGCUCAAGACUCACACGCGACAUGAGCAAGUGCUGUUUGUGUCAGGCCGGAAUGUUUCAACUGUUUCUCCUGCUUUUGCUGAUCGUUUGGAGUAUUCAAAGGGAGAAAAUAAAAUAGUGGUGACUCUACACAACCUGCAGAAAAAUGACAGUGAUAUCUAUGUGUGUGCUGGGGUGCCGAAAGGUUCCCUUUUCCUCUCAGCAAACAGAAGUGGCACCAUGAUGCUGGUUAAAGAAGUGGAGCAGACAGGCUGCAGCAGCAGUUCCUGGGGCAUCUAUGGCCUUACCAUCGUGGUGGUGAUACUGUUUUCUGCACUGAUGUGCUCCAUCUUGUCCCAUGUCAAUUUGAAGCAAUAUUUCAAAACCAGGAAAAGAAAUGAAGUAUAUGAAGAUAUGUCUUACAGUUCUAGACGUAACACCUUGGUCAGAGCCAACACUUACUCCGGCUGA